AGGCUGCCUUUUCCAAAACGCCGUCUGCGUCACUGUUGCGCGCGCGCGGAGCUCCCUGGCCAAUCUCGCGCCACUUUGGAGCUCGAGCGUGACUGUAACGUUUGGAGGCAGAAAGGAGCCGCAGUCUUUCCUUAUACAGUAAACUUCAUCAGCUGUGCGUGUGCAUAUCAAAGGCACACGUCUUCCUCCAGCUGUUCCUUUCGGGUUUAUCACAGCAUCAGACUGGAGUGACUCAGACUGGACGUCGAAGCAGCGCGUGGGCAUUACGAUCUAGCACCGGUCCAGCAAAGUGCGCUGAUUUAAAUGAAACUGGAUUUUGCAAGGGUUUUUUGUGCACCAGCUUGUCGUGCAUAAGAGAAUGUAGAGUCUGUGAUGCUGCCGAUGCUUUUCGGGGAUCUGUACGCUAAAAAGCUCCAUCAUUUUUCUGCUUCUCUCUUCUGAGUCACAGCAACACACUGAACGAGUAAUCGUUUAGUGCGAAAAUAAAGCAAGAUCAUAGGCUUUAUAUGAACUGUGGGCGAUUUUUUGGGGGAAUUUGUAACGCAUCAUUUCAACAUAGUUCCAUCACACUGAGGAUUUUGGCUGAGUCGUGAAUCGAGUCUGAUUCUUGGCGAAAAAAGGAUAUAGACUCGGGGCCUCGGCGGGCUUGAUUUAUCCGCCCAGAACCGGUCGUGAACAGCUAGCAUGGAAAGUGGCUGUGUGGACAGGACGUGACCUGACGAACAGUGUGCGCUGAAGAUGAGGCCUUGCCAAGCGUAGUGCUCGAUGAGGGAACCCUUGCCAUGCGAAGAACCGCUGGACGUUUCGAGAAUCCUACGUUCCGAAGGUGCAACCUCUCGGCUUUGAGCGUGUCCAGUCAAAGGAUAUAGCGGAUAUAAAACCCGUGUCGGAGCUUUGUAUCACUGUGGGGAGGGAAGGGGAAUCGGUGAACUAUGCUCGGUCGGCCCUGGAGUGCCAUGCAGUCGCGGCUGGAUAUGGGCGCCGGCUUGGAGCUGCCCUUCCUGCUGUGGGUGCUGGCCUUGGCGCUCCAGACUUGGGCGGGUGCUGCGGAGAAGCUGGACGAGUUGGACCCUGUGGUGACCACGGCAUACGGCAAGCUGAGGGGCUUCAAGAAAGAACUCAACAACGAGAUCCUGGGGCCCGUGAUCCAGUUCCUGGGCGUUCCCUACGCGGCACCUCCUACAGGGGAGAGGCGAUUUCAGCCCCCCGAGCCGCCCACGCCCUGGCACGACAUCCGCAACGCCACACACUUUGGCCCAGUGUGCCCACAGAGCGUUGUGGAGGGCAGGCUGCCUGAUGUCAUGCUGCCCGUGUGGUUCACCAACGGUCUGGAGGUGGUUUCGACCUACGUGCAGGAGCAGAGCGAAGACUGCCUUUUCCUUAACAUUUAUGUGCCCACAGAGGAUGUAAAAAGAAUAUCCAAGGAAUGUGCCAGGAAACCGGGCAAGAAAAUAUGUAGAAAAGGAGGUCCUCUUACAAAGAAACAGAAUGAUGAUUUAGGUGAUAAUGACGGUGCAGAGGAUGAAGACAUCCGCGAGAGUGGAAGUCCCAAGCCAGUGAUGGUUUUCAUCCAUGGCGGAUCUUAUAUGGAAGGCACAGGAAAUAUGUUUGAUGGCAGCAUCUUGGCCAGUUAUGGCAACGUCAUUGUCAUAACCCUGAACUACCGGCUUGGUGUGCUAGGUUUUUUAAGCACAGGAGACCAGGCAUCCAAAGGCAACUACGGGCUGUUAGAUCAAAUCCAAGCCCUGCGCUGGACUAGCGAAAACAUUGCCUUCUUUGGUGGUGACCCUUUACGCAUUACAGUUUUUGGUUCUGGGGCCGGGGCAUCAUGUGUAAACCUCCUCACACUGUCCCAUUACUCUGAAGGAAACCGCUGGAGCAAUUCGACCAAAGGCUUGUUCCAGAGAGCCAUAGCUCAGAGCGGCACGGCCCUGUCCAGCUGGGCGGUGAGCUUCCAACCAGUUAAAUACGCGCGCAUGCUGGCCAGAAAGGUAGGAUGCGACUAUCCCGACACGAUGGAACUGGUCGAGUGCCUGCAAAAGAAGGACUACAAGGAGUUGGUGGAGCAGGACAUCCAGCCAGCACGCUACCACAUUGCCUUUGGCCCGGUCAUUGACGGAGACGUGAUCCCAGAUGACCCGCAGAUUUUAAUGGAGCAGGGCGAGUUCCUCAACUACGACAUCAUGCUGGGUGUGAACCAGGGUGAGGGUCUGAAGUUUGUUGAGCUGGUGGUGGAUGGAGACAGUGGUGUGCAGGCCAAUGACUUUGACUACGCAGUGUCCAGCUUCGUGGAUGACUUAUAUGGCUAUCCUGAGGGCAAGGACGUGUUGCGUGAGACUAUCAAGUUCAUGUACACAGACUGGGCUGACCGGCACAAUCCAGAGACCCGGAGGAAAACGCUCCUGGCUCUCUUCACUGACCACCAGUGGGUAGCACCGGCUGUGGCCACGGCUGACCUACACUCCAGCUUCGGCUCGCCCACUUACUUUUACGCUUUCUACCACCACUGCCAGACGGAGCAGGUGCCUGCGUGGGCAGAUGCAGCUCAUGGAGACGAGAUCCCUUAUGUCUUUGGCCUGCCGAUGAUCGGCCCCACCGAGCUCUUUCCCUGCAACUUCUCCAAGAAUGAUGUGAUGCUCAGUGCUGUGGUCAUGACCUACUGGACCAACUUUGCUAAGACGGGUGACCCCAACCAACCGGUGCCGCAGGACACCAAGUUCAUCCACACCAAACCCAACCGCUUUGAGGAGGUGGCGUGGACAAGGUACAACCAGAAGGAGCAGCUUUAUCUUCACAUCGGCUUGAAACCACGCGUCAAGGAGCACUACCGUGCCAACAAAGUCAACCUGUGGCUCGAGCUUGUCCCACACUUACACACCCUCAACGAGAUCACACAGGUCAUCUCAUCCACCAGCACCACCACCAAGGUGCCGGCACCAGAUGAGACGCCACAACCCCCCAGGAAGAUGCCAGCCAACACCAAGAGGCCCUUCCCCACACCUUUUCCCACCGGGACAAAAGAUACAAACCAAAUUCCGAACCACAACCAGCCGUUCUUGGUGGAGCAGCGCGACUACUCGACUGAGCUGAGUGUCACCAUCGCCGUUGGAGCUUCUCUGCUCUUUCUCAACAUCCUGGCCUUUGCUGCACUCUACUACAAGAAGGACAAGAGGCGGCAUGACGGACAUCGGCGCGGAAGCCCUCAGCGUGCCAAUGCCACCAGUCAACUGGCACCUGUUCCCGACGAGGAGCUCAUGUCGCUGCAGAUGAAGCGUGGCGAGCUGGAGCGCGAGUGCCCACUAGUCCUGAGGAGCGGCUGUCCGCCUGACUACACCUUAGCCAUGCGUCGCUCGCCAGACGACGUACCGCUAAUGAGUGCCAACACCAUCACCGUCCUGCCCAGCACCAUGCCCAGCGCACUCGGACCAUUGCAUCCGUUCAACAGCUACGCGGGAGUGCAGCACAACAACACACUGCCCCACCCACAUCCCCAUUCGCACUCCACAACCAGAGUAUAGCCACACACGUGCACACAUAUACUUAAAGGAUUUUGGUUUUGGUGAAGCAUAUCUGUGCCUCCACCGUUUUGCAGAACAUGGAAUACACCGUGGGGUUUCUUUUGUCUCCUUUCGGAGGAAAAUUACCGUUUUAUAUUAGAAAUGUAAAGUGAGGAGAAAAUUGCAAAACUAUUUCAGAUUUAAAGAAAAAUAACAAACAGAGGUGGAUGACUUUUUUUUAUCCUGGUAUCAUAGACAACGCCUGGCCUAUUUCCUGACAUAGAAGUAUCACUACCAGUUGGCUUGAAAGAAUGGCUUGAUUCAGUUACAGCUACAGAAGCUGUGGCAGAGACGGAGCGUGGAAGGCCCUGUGUAAAUGAAAGAAAUAUAUUGUUUUCCAGAGGCACUCGAUUGUCGAGUAUUCUCUCUGGAGCGGACAGGAGAUGCUGCUUACUGAAUUUAGGCAUGUGUUCUCCUAGAGACGGAGGCAUUGUAAGAUACGGAAUUAAACAUUACUGAUAAAAGAGGGGUGGACAAGAACUUCUCAAGAAUAUGCACAAUGUCUUGGAAUCUUUUUUUUUUUGGUCAAUUUAUUUUUGGGAACACUUUUAUUGUAUAGAAUCUAUUUACAUAUCUAGAUAUGUACGCAACGCUGUUUAAGCUCUGACUCUGGGGCAUCAGUACUGGAGAAUCUGCCAGCAGUACAUAAAGCGGGGUGGGAACGUCACUGGUUUUCUGGCAGAUAUGGCUUCAUCACACAAGUGCUGUCUGUAAGGAGAACUGGAGGACAAAAAACGGGAAGCUGGAUAUUUUUUAGCACGAAGCGCAUGACAAUUUAUCUGCUUGGUGGCUGUUCUGCUGAUUAAGUCUUUAUUAAAAAAAUAUUCCCCAUUGGAUCUGUUUGAGGAAAUACCGCUCCGAUUGGCUCAGAAUUCUACCGAAAUCGGAAUACGUUGACGCGGACAAAAGGCAACGCUUCCCGAGAGGAGUUGGGAAACUGAAAAGUGUGUGUGUGGGGGGGGGGGGGAUGGGGGCAGGGACACGCUACUUAGAGUGCAUUCACAAAUAGCUUGAGUGAACGUGGUUAUAAGGACUAGUUUUGUACAAUGUGUCUUGGUAAAACUUUUUAAUAGUGGUGAGUCACUUGCUGUUUCAGAUCCCGUUUGUGGGAUAAUCAUGAUAUUUUUUUUCCUCUCUUCUUUAAUUUGCUUGUUUGGGCUUGCUGUAUUACAUUAAGUUUAUUUAUUUUUAUUUCACCACUUAUAACCUUCAUCGUGUAAUUCGUUUCUUUGCCAUACCUAAAUCAGGAAGACCCCUGCAUAACAGAAGCCCCAAGAAAUGAAGUUGCUGGGAAUCAUUCUGCAUAACUUUAGUUCUCUGGAUUGUGAUUGGUUGCAUUGAUUUUCUUUUGCUCGUACCUUUUUAUUGAGUCCCCCGCUGUAGCCCUACUUAAAGAUGAAUGCUUAUAAAUUUCUCCCUGAUGCAGGGAGGCUCUGCUGACAGUGUAGAUUUGAAGGCCCUCUCAUCUUCUUUUGCCCGCAUCUGAUCGCAGCAGGUGCCGAGGUGGCGGUGGGAUAAAAAAAAUUAAAUAAAAAGGAAAAAAAAAUAUUCAACUGAGCUGUACUAGUAGAGGAUCGGUUUCCACACUAUAUCACUCUAUCAUUGGAAACGCCUUUAAAUUCAUUGCCCAUGUUGAUUAGCAUGUCUGUUGCUUUCAUUUUGGCUGUCCUUCAGUCAUCACCGGCAUUCUUGGAUAGGCUUUUUUUUUGUUUUUGUUUUUUUUGCCAUAAUUCAACUUCUCCACUUAAACACAUUAUAGCACUGUGGAGAACCAGGUAACCUGUCAGUCGCACAUAAAAUUCAGCUUUGCUCGAGUCUUAUUUGUCUCUCCAAAAUUCCCCCCAUGCGUGUGUUUGAAUUGAAAAGGUUGCUGCAGAAACGGCUGACUCUUGGUGUCCUUCCUAAUCUUGUUGAUUACUGGCAGUGGGCGGUAUGACAGCUGAUCCCAUAAAUCAGCUGUAGUUCUUAUUAAAGUUCAGAACCCUUUUACGUAACAACAAAACAUAUUACUCUACAUUCACACUGCGACAAAUCAGCGAGCGUCAGUUUGUUUGCUUAUAUAAGAGCAUGACAUGGAGCUCCAAUUUCUGCAAGUGACAUUUGCAUUGAGAUUUUCUGAACUAUGCAAAUUGUGUACGAUGUGGUAAAGUGUUUUAACCAAGCUUACUGACUAGAAUGAUUUCCUGUGGCACGUAAGGUCUGACAUUUCUUAGCUUCACAACUUUAGUUUCUACCAGCGGUUACUGUCACAUGCGUAAAAGGAAGAAACCAUAGCUUCAUGUUCUCCUGUCAUAUACAACCCCUUAGAAAAUGCGUAGAAGAAAAACAAAGUUCUUCCUAGUAGCAAAGGUCAUAUGGUUAUCGUACAAAGCUGGGGCGAAGCCUGUCAUUGGUCAGCUAGUGAGAAAAUUUUUGAUCAGAUGUUAUAGAGACAAAAAUAAAGUCAAAAGAUGUUUUAAUAUUGAUGAGAAAAGCUAGAACGAAGACUGUAGCUGGUAAGAUCGUUAGAUUAAAUAAUCAAUUUUACUGAUUUUUAAGGGGUUACUAGAAUGUCUGUAAUAGCAGGUAAACAUCUUUAUUUUUUAUAAAUAUUAUAUAAUUAAUAAUGUCUAGCAUAGGAACAAAUAAGGAAAAUACACCUCACUGAACCUUCCUGCUGUGUUAUGAUUGGCUUGUGGGCCUAUUAUAAGCAGCUCAAGAUCUUAAAAAUAAAUACUACAGUUUAUUUUUGUAACCAAUAACCAUGAACCAUUAGAGUGGCUUCCUAAAUUCCGAAAUUUGGUUUGUCUUCGCAUGUUCAACUUUAAAAUUGGAUGUAAAUAUGAGAAGUGUGUGCAAGUGUGAAGUUCAGUUUGAGUUUAUAAUUCGUUCAAGGAACAGGAAGCCAAAGAAAACCAAACAUAUCAGUUAACAACAUGAACCGUUGGCUUAAAUUGUGAAACACGUUGAUCUCCACCAUUUUAAACCAGACCAUCGUAUCAUUAUUUGCUCAUACAUACCGCCCACUCGUCCUCCCCACCACACACUUUCACAAUUAACCUCAACGUAUUUGAAAUCUGAGAGCCCUAUGACUAAUAUGGUGCCAGUGAGGAGUGAUUAAUUAAAGCGCUUGUGAGUUCAGAGAGAUAUGGGUUAUUCAGAAAAGUCACAGUGACACACAGGCACACUGCUAGUGAGAGGAGAGAGACAGAGAGAGAGAGAGAGAGAGGAAAAGACAGAGGACUUUAAAAACAUUAAACAGAAAAUUAUGCAGUUGUCCCAGAGCCCAGGUGACCUGUGACACAGCAAAAGUCCCAAACAAGAUGUUCCUUUCUAGAACAUGGCCUCCGCCUGGCUGCUGCGGUCCUGUCCGUUCCGUUCCUGCAGAGCAGCACAGUAAAUACAGCGCAGGAGAAGUUGGAGCAUUAAAUAAAGCCUACCGCACAGCCUCACUCACUCCAUCAAUACAGGUAUGUAUAUGCAAAGCAGCCCUGCCCCGAGUUCCCUUCCAAACCAGACUCCUUUUGAGCAACGUUCAAAUUUAAUGAGCCGUUCACACGAGGGCUCCUUUGAGGAUUCGUCCCAUAUAUUUGCAUGUAGGACCAAGGUGAGAGCUGGGAAACAUCAGUUACCGAUGAAAGCUGCAGGGCUCGAUCUCACACACCAUCAACAGGAUGAGCCUCAUGACUGAAUGUAUUACUUCAUCGAGUGCCAUUUACAAUUUCUUUUGUCUUUUUCUUCUUUUCCUUUUGUUCUAUCUAAGCUUCAAAGGGACGAUCAGAAUGCCUGUUCAUGGGAACCAUAUCAGAGGGCAGUUGUAAUGUAGAUUAUUUGUCAUUAUGUCUUUAUUUCUGGUUAAAUAGGACUUACUCUUCUGGAGCACAAUAAAUGAUUUUAUUAAGCUGAA